ACAUGCAGAGAUUAUAGAUAACACAUGACCUGUGGGCUAUUACACGGAAAUGAAGCGUUAAAAUGCACUACAGUUAUCACAUUUAUCUUCAAGUAGAGAGAGCACAGAGAGAGUUGUUCCCACAGCGUUUUACAGAACAUUAUAAAUAACCAGAUCUAGAGACACCAACCUGGAGAGAAUCUGUGAACACCAGAACACAACAAGAUGAGGAUCCUGCUGAAAUUCACACUGCUGUCCUUUAUGACGGGUUGUUUGAGCUCCUUUAUAGUGCCUGGAUACUCUGGAGGAACUGUCAUCAUCUACUGUCAUUAUAACAACCAAGAGGAAAGAAAUGGGAAAUAUUUCUGUGUGAGAAAGACCACUUUGAGUUGUAAAGACCAAAUAAGAUCAGGUAGUCAGAACACCUGGGAACACAGUGGUAGAUUCUCUCUGUAUGACGACACUGAGGAAAACUACUUCAUGGUGGUCAUCAGACAACUGACCAGACAAGAUGAAGGAAUCUACUGGUGUGGAGUGGACAUAUCUGUUAUACCUGAUAGAUAUACAAAGGUGGAGCUGGAAGUAAAGGAAGAUAAAUGCUGUGAUAAGUCAGUCACAGAGACGGUCGAUCUGGGAGGCGAAGAUCCCAUCAUCUGUAACUAUCCAGAGAAAUAUGAGAACAGCAUCAAGUAUUUCUGCAAGGAAGAUAAUGACUCAAAGAUUUAUUAUGAAAUCAUCUCUGCUGCCUCAACUUCUGCUAAAUCUGGGAGAUUCUCUCUGACGGACAACAGGAGAGAGAAACGCUUCACAGUGACCAUCAGUAACCUGACUGAAUAUGACACUGGGACAUACUGGUGUGGAGUAGAAAACCGGAGGACAGAAAAACUUUACAUUUCACUGAUUACAAAGGUGAAGCUACAUGUUGAAAGGCUCUGUACUGGCACUCACAUAAAGGCAUGAAAAGGAGUCCGGUUGAACUGAUCUCUGGUAGGCUCCUGUCGGUCUGGCACUCCAGCUCCCAGAACCGUUACAGUUUGAACACUUUGACUUCCUGCAUGUCUCUGUGUUUCUCUGUCCGCCUCAGCGAGCUCAACACAUGAAACCCCAAGUUUCAAUACCCGACGGCUUCAUCAAACCCACAAAAGCCACAUCCUAAAUUUAAAGUGACGAAAAGCUG